UGUAACAAAAAACACGUGGAAACAUAACAUUUCUUUCUUUUUCUACAUUAGUACUACUACAUUGUUAUUAUGUUGUCGUGACUCAACAAUAUCAACAACAUUCACAAACAACACAACCACUCUCUAUUCUCUCUCUCUUUCUCUCUCUCAAAUGCUUCCUCCACCAUUUCACUCUCCGGCAACUCUUCCUCGCCGGUGAAUAAUAUAAACAAUGCAAGACACUCUUCUCACUCUUCCACACCAACAACACAUUAACAUCAACUUUCACUCCAAAAACCACACUGCCGUUACAGAUAAGUCUCUCCCUAACGGUGACAUCUACACCGGAGCUUUAUCAGGAAACACACCUCACGGCACCGGGAAAUACCUCUGGUCGGACGGGUGUAUGUACGAAGGUGAGUGGAGAAAAGGAAAAGCCUCCGGUAAAGGAAAAUUCUCGUGGCCGUCGGGAGCUACCUACGAAGGUGAGUUCAAAUCAGGUCGAAUGGAAGGGUUCGGCUCAUUCAUUGGAGUCGACGGGGAUGUUUACCGAGGGACCUGGUUUGCUGACCGGAAAAAUGGAUUCGGUGAGAAGCGUUACGGUAAUGGUGACGUCUAUGAGGGAUGGUGGAGGUGCAACUUGCAAGACGGGGAAGGAAGGUACGUUUGGAAAAACGGGAAUGAAUACGUUGGAGAGUGGAAGAAUGGUGCUAUAUGGGGUAAAGGUGUUUUGGUUUGGGCUAAUGGGAACCGUUAUGAAGGGUUUUGGGAAAACGGUGUUCCCAAGGGGAAUGGAGUUUUUACUUGGUGUGGUGAAGGUUUUGGGAAUGAAGAGAAACAGUGUGAGAUGAUGAUGGCGAGGAAGAGAUCCUCGGUGGAUGGUUCAAAGGGUGUUGGUUUUCCGAGGAUUUGUAUUUGGGAGCUUGAUGGUGAAGCUGGUGAUAUCACUUGUGAAAUUGUUGAUAACGUGGAGGCUUCUGUGUUUUACAAAGAUGGUAGUGAAUCUGAAAACAGUGGAGAAAGUUGCGGUGGUGUGUUGGACAAGAGUCCUUGUUGGUCUCUUGAUGGUGAUGUUAAGAAGCCUGGUCAAAUUGUGUCUAAGGGGCAUAAGAGUUAUGAUCUUAUGAUCAGUCUCCAAUUGGGGAUCAGAUAUACUGUUGGCAAGUAUGCUCCUGUUGUGAGAGAACUUAGAGUAGCAGAUUUUGAUCCUAAGGAGAAGUUCUGGACUAGAUUGCCACUAGAAGGAUCCAAGUUUGCACCUCAACAUCAACCAAUGGACUUCAGGUGGAAAGACUAUUGCCCCAUGGUGUUCAGACAUCUAAGGGAAUUAUUUGCCAUAGAUCCUGUGGAUUACACACUUGCUAUUUGUGGAAGUGACUCACUCAGAGAGAUGUCUUCUCCUGGAAAAAGUGGAAGCAUCUUUUACCUCACUCAAGAUGACCGUUUCAUAAUCAAGACUGUGAAGAAAUCUGAAGUCAAGGUGCUUACCAGAAUGCUUCCAAGUUACUAUCAACAUGUUUGUAAGUACAAGAACACUUUGGUUACGGCAUUUUUAGGGGCACAUUGUAUCAAACCUGUUGGAGGUCAAAAGAUUCGGUUUAUUGUGAUGGGAAAUGUGUUUUGUUCGGAGUAUCGAAUUCAUAAAAGGUUUGAUCUCAAAGGUUCUUCUCAUGGUCGAAUCACGGAUAAACCUCGGGAGGAGAUUGAUGAGACUACCACUCUCAAAGACCUUGAUCUUAAUUUUGUCUUUCGCCUAGAACAGUCUUGGUUUCAAGAGCUAAAAUGGCAACUUGAUAGAGACUGUGAGUUUCUGGAAGCGGAAGGAAUCAUGGAUUAUAGUCUUUUGAUUGGCCUUCAUUUCCGCGAUGACCACUCAGUUGAUGAAACGGAAAGUUCACCGCGUGAUACACUGUCAGCAGGCAAGAGAGAUAUGCAUGAUGAUGAUACGCACAUACCCCGCGGUCCUCUAAUCCGGCUAGGAAUGAACAUGCCUGCCAGAGCUGCGAGAAUGUGUAGCGGAAAAAGCAACAAUUCUACUCCUUCAGAGAAUACUAGUGAGAUCUCUGAUGUAAUCCUUUACUUUGGUAUCAUUGACAUUCUUCAAGACUAUGAUAUUAGCAAAAGAAUAGAACAUGCGUACAAGUCACUACAAGUUGAUCCUACUUCCAUCUCAGCCGUUGAUCCUAAACUAUACUCCAAAAGGUUUAGAGAUUUCAUACACAGAAUCUUUGUUGAGGACACAUGACACAUGUUUGGACCAAUUCAAUGACAUGCUUAUGCAUCAAAGAAAAUGCUCUAAUUGGAAUCCAAUUAUUAAGUCCAUGAGAUUAGUAUAUAGUUGAUGGCUAAAUUUUUCUUAUAGCCAUUUCAAGUAUUAUAAUGAGUGGGGGAGGAAAAAAUGAGACAACACUUAUGUCAAUGUUUUUUUCCUUUUGUAGUGGGGAGUGGUUGGUUGGCACAAUAGCUUAUGCAUAUAAAAGUCACAUGUCAUGUGAUUAGUUUUUUUUUUAAAUGGCUUAUGAUGUGUAUAUGAAACAAUUGUGGGGUGUGGAGAAAAGGGGUAUAGACUAUAGAGGAUUGAAUGAAGAUUCAAAUUGAAUUGAACA